AUGAGGAUAGCUGCGUACGCCGGGGCUUCGGUGGCCCUGGCCACGGGGGUGUUUUUGAAGGCCAUCCAUCAGAGAGCCAACUUCUACGCGGCCUGCGUGUAUCUCUCUCAAAGCAGCGCGAACCUCAUGAUCCUGACCAACCUCUGUCUUCUCGCCGCCGGAUUCCUCCUCUUCUGGCUCCAGCGACUGCUCUAUGGGCCCCUGAGAGCCAUCGAGACCGAACAACUCUACGAGCGAGCAUGGUUCGCCGUCACGGAGACCUGUCUGGCGAUGACCAUCUUCCGGGGGGAGCUAGGCGGCUGGUUUCUGGUGAUGUUUAUCUCCCUCUUGGUCGGCAAAGUUUGGGGUUGGAUUGGAGAAGGCCGUGUGGAGUACCUGGAACAACAACCGCCGGCCAACCCGCGACUGUUUCAUACGCGAUUGGCGGCCUCAUUGGUGCUUUCGGUCUUGUUCGACUCGUUCAUGCUGAAUUACUGCGUCAUAACGGUGCUGGAUCAAGCGAGACCGGAUAUGAUGGUGAUGUUUGGCUUUGAGUUUGCCAUUCUGACUAUCCUGUCCACCUCGACUACUGCUCGGUAUGCGAUUGCCUUGGUUGAGAUCUAUAUCACCCGCCAGCAAGUGAAGAACAAGAUGGAGGAGCGCCGAGCUGAAAUCCGUGAAGCACGCGCGGAAGCUAUCCGACAACAUGCCAUUUCUGGGGCUAGUGCUCCUCCCACCGACUUGCCGGACGAAAAUGAUAUCGACGAGAUGGAAAUUGAUGUGCCAGGAUGGGAGGAGAAAGGCCGAUGGGUCUUCUACCUGGACCUCUUGACUGAUUUCUUGAAGCUCUCGGUCUACCUGACAUUCUUUGCCAUUCUCAUCACUUUCUACGGUUUGCCGAUUCACAUCCUGCGGGAUGUUGUCGUCACGAUCCGCUCGUUUGGUCGGCGAAUCAUGGAUUUCCUCCGCUACCGCAAUGCGACCAGGGACAUGGAUGAAAGAUAUCCGAACGCUACAGCCGAAGAGGUCGCUCGAGAGGAAGUCUGCAUCAUCUGCCGGGAAGAGAUGGUUUCGGCGGAGCCGGCUGCUGAUGUUCCUGAGAAUGUUGGUCAGCAACCACCGGCAGCCGGAACCCAGCAACGUGUGCCUGACCGUCUUCGCCCUAAGAAACUACCAUGUGGACAUAUCCUACACUUUGCAUGCCUCCGAAGCUGGCUUGAAAGGCAACAGAACUGCCCCACCUGCCGACGUCCGGUGGUAGUGCCAUCAGGCGCCCGAGGUGCUGCUGGUGUCAAUAACGCUCCCGGUAAUGGCGGCGCUGGCGCUCAACCUUUCAACCAAGCUGGGCGUCAGCCAGGCGCCCAGGGACAGGACCAACCUCGUGCUCGGGUCUAUCAGCUCGGACCCUUCCGGGUCGGCUUUGGGGCUGUGCGUGGAGACCUUCUUCAGAACCUCCACCAGCAAAUCCACCGAGGCAAUGCUCCAUUACAACCAGCGAACAAUGGGAACCCUCCCGGUGUACGCCAGGUCGGCUUUGGUUUUGGCUUUGGACGACGCCCACCAGCGCCAGAGGCUGCAGCUCCGGGGCCGUCCAACAUGACCAAUGUCCAUCAGCAGUUGGAACAUAUCGAACGACAGAUCACGGAGGAGAUCAACAGCCUCCGUAUUGCCACCGAGCGGCUACAUCAUGUCCGCCAUCUCCAAACGGAGCUGGACCGAAUCCGGCUUCAGCAAGCGGCUUCUUUAGCUCUCCAACCGACACCUACGACUGCUGUUCCGCCACAGCCAACGCCUUCAACCUCUGUUCCCGCCCCUUCAUCUAUCACCACUUCUACCACUAUCUGCCAUCAGUUUGUCUCAAACCCGGCCGUGUCAGCCAUGGGGUCCGAUGAUGCCCGCCUUCCAGAAGGACUUACUCUCCCGCAAGGAUGGACUCUGGUCCCUCUUCAUCCUACCGAGCCAAAUGCGGAUCUCACGCCUUCCGUCCCAGAAACUUUGACAACGCAGCCGGCUCCAGACAACGCUACCGCUCCUCAACCUGUUACUGGCCCCGAGACCGCCGCCGCUCCCCAAAGCAGCAACGAGCCUGAGGCAUCUACAGUUGAAACCGUUGCUAGUACAGCGACAACGGCUCCGGUGGCUGACGUCCUGCCCAACUGGCAGUCUACGCCCAAUGUCCCAUCGACGGAUCAUCGCGCAGAAUCACCUUCACAAGAAUGGACUGACAUUCCCUCUGAGCAGCCUCAAGCAGGGCCUUCCUCUGCCGCUCCGCCUUCCUGGGGCGCCGGCUCCGGGUCGGACUCCGAGUCCCCUUAUAAGGGCAAGGGACGCGCUGCCACUGUGGAAGAAGCAGCUGACGAUGGAGCAUGA